UGAAUAGAGACUUGACGGCUGCAGCGGCGGCGGGGGCGACUCACUGCAAUUAAACUAGUGUCGCGGCGGGUUCGCGAACCGUGCACCGUGCGAAAGUGAAGCGGCGGCGUCGGCGGCGGCGGCGCGGGCGGCAGUCUGUGCGCAGCGGGCGGCGCGCGCGCACCUCCCUCGCGCAUGGUGUACCCCGAGGCGUCCCGCUGGGGCGCGCCCGGCGCCGCGCGAGCGCCGCUCUACGACGACGUCUACAGAGCGGAUGGCGUACUCUCAACAGUGAACGUAGUGGAGGCUCUGCAGGAGUUCUGGCAGGUGAAGGCGGCGCGCGCCCCCGGCGGCGCUGGGGCGGGCGGCGCGCUGGUCAUCUACGAGUCCGUGCCCGCCGCCCAUCCGCCCUACGUGUGCUAUGUGACGUUGCCGGGCGGCGCCUGCUUCGGCAGCUUUCAGAACUGCCCAACCAAGGCGGAGGCCCGGCGCAGCGCCGCCAAGAUCGCCCUCAUGAACAGCGUGUUCAACGACCACGAGUCCCGAAGGAUCUCCGACCACUUCAUCGAGAAGGCCGUGGCUGAGGCACGAGCCUCCUUCGCCGGCGACGCUGACCACCACCAGGAGCCUAGCGCCGGGAUCGCCGCUUUUAGGUUCAUGCUGGAGGCGAACAAGGGGCGCACGAUGCUGGAGUUCCAGGAGCUGAUGACGGUGUUCCAGCUGCUGCACUGGAACGGGUCCCUGCGCGCCAUGCGCGAGCGCCAGUGCUCGCGGCAGGAGGUGGUGGCACACUACUCGGCACGUGCGCUAGACGACGCCAUGCGUGAGCAGAUGGCCAGAGAGUGGGCCGCGAGGGAGAGAGAAGCAGCUUCCACCUCGGGAGUGAUAAGGACGGAGCUGGCCCGAGCUGAACGCGAGCUGCGUUCAGCCAGGCUGGCUGCCAGAGAGCUCCGGUUUUCUAAAGAGAAGAGGGACAUCCUCCUCCAAGCCGCCCGCCUGGCGCCGCCGCCGCAGUCCUCACAGUGAUCUCCUCGACUCUAGCGUUUAGUUUUAAUCUAGAAUUAGACUUGUAGUGUAAGCA